AUGGCACUCCAGUUUAAAAAGGGAAAUCGCAAUAUGAAGUUUGCUUUAACAAGCGGAGCUAUUAUUGUGGGUGGAGUAUUCCUUAUUUUAAAGUCUUAUCCUCAUGUCAAAGCAGCUCUCUUCUCAAAGGGUACAUCCACAACCGUAUCUGAAGCAGAUGAUUCUACUCCCGUGGAAUUAAACAAGGAGGAUUCUGAAGAUGAAGUUGUGCCUGAACUGAUCUUGAAUGAAAGUUUAGUCAAUAUCGAACUGAUGUCAGAAGACGAGUUAAAGAAGUGGCUAUCUGAGAAAGAAAUUAAUCCUCCAUCGGAUGCUUCUCAUUCUAACCUUGUUUCCCUUGUUAAGUCAAUUCAAGAAACUUCUACUUAA